AUGAUUCGUGGCUCAUCAGUAUUGAAAAACGUUACCGCACGUCGAUUCUUAUCAAGUGGUACCAAGUACACCACCUUGUCCAAUGGUAUCACUGUUGCCACUGAAACUAUUCCAAGUGCACAACAUUCAUCUGUAGGAUUGUACUUUUCCGCUGGUUCAAGAUCAGAACACCCAUACAACAACGGUGUAUCUGCAUUGUCAGCCACUGUUCUUUCACAACAACACAAUGCUUCCACCGAUGGAGUCGUUGUAAGUGCUCACAAUGGAAGAGAAUUUAACGGUGUUGUUGCCGAAACCACCAAUGACAACAUUGAAGCUGCCGGAAAAUUGCUUUCAACCAUUGCAACCAAUGCCGAGGAGAUUAUUUCUAAAUCUGAUUAUCAACUUGGUAAACAAUUUUUGAUCAAUCAAUCCAACGCUCUUGAAGCAAACCCAAGAUCAAGGGUGAUGAGUCACUUGGCUGCUUCAGCAUACCAAGGUUACUCAUUGGGUUUACCAAAAUUGGGUACCGAAGAGUCUAUCUCCAACUUGGAACAACAAGAUUCAUUACGUCACUUGUCGAAGCACUUGGUCAACAACAACAUUAUUGUCUCAGCUGCAGGUAACUUUGACCACGAUAAAUUGGUCAAUGCCAUUGAAUCCAACUUGAAGGUAGCUGAAGGUGUUAGACCAGAAAAGAAGCCAGCUUCAUUCUUGGGAUCAGAAGUUAGAAUGAGAGAUGACACCAUGCCAAAAGCAUACAUUUCCAUUGCUGUUCACGGUGAAGGAUUGAACUCACCAGACUUGUACACUGCCAAAGUUGCUGCUAAGAUCUUUGGUAACUUUAAUGCUCACUCGCCAAAAGCUCAUUACAAAUCUUCUAAAUUGUCAUCAAUCGUUCAAGAAUACAACAUUGUUGAAAGUUAUACCCACUUCUCCAAGUCGUUGUCCGAUCACGGAUUGUGGGGAUUCUAUGCUGAAAUCCCAGACAGAUUCACCAUUGAUGAUUUCUGCCAUUUCACAUUGAAACAAUGGAACAGAUUGUCCAUUUCUAUUAGUGAGGCUGAGGUAGCCAGAGCCAAAGCACAAGUCAAGUCUCACCUUUUGAGAGAAUUGACUCACUCAAAACGUGUCACUACCCACAUAGCUAGAAACAUCUUGGCUACCGGACACGAAACUUCAAUCACUGAAGCUUUCCAAAAGAUUGAUGCUAUCACUGUUGCUGAUGUUAAGAGAUGGGGUCAAAACAAGGUCUGGGAUAGAGAUAUCGUUAUCUCGGGUACUGGUUUGAUUGAAGAUUUGUUGGACUACAACAGAAACAGAAACGAAAUGGCCAUGAUGAGAUGGUAG